AUUUUAAGACAGUAUAAAUAAUUAAUGCAACCAACCAUCAAGCAACAGUCAGUGCCAUUCGCUACACUAGCAAACUGCUCUAGCCAGCUCAACUGCAAAACAACCAACAGCAACCGCAUCAAAAUGAACAAGAUUAUCUGCCUGUUUGUUGUGCUUGCCGUCGCCGGAUGUGCCUGGGCCAAGCCCGAACCGAAACCGGACAUCCUCGCGUACAAUGUGGCCGGUGUGCCGGUCGUUGCCGCUGCUGCUCCCGCCGUCGCUAGCUAUGCGACCGUUUACGAGCAAACGUUCCACGGUAACCUGGCGCCGGCCGCAUACGUUGCCUACUCUGCCUACGAUCCGUACCUUUCUGCCGUGCCCGUACCCGUCGCUGCCCCCGUACUGCUGCGCAAGUAAAAGCUGAAAGCCAAGAGUUUUCGCUGCAAACACCCGACCAAAGCUUAUGUUUGUAUAAAAAAAGAGUGCUGUUAUUUUUCUGAAAUGAAGUUACCGUGAGUUACACUGCUUA